AGGAGGAGCUUAUAAUUAGAGCCAAGCUUUGCAUUCAAAAGGCAGCAAGUGCAGGGGGAGAGGAGCAGCAGAAAAAGGCAGUGUGGGGAAAAGGAGGAAGCAAGGAGAAAGGGGCAGCUGUCAGGGCAAGAAAGGGGGAGGGAGGAGAAGAGAAAAGGCAAAGGGAGGCAGCAACAGUCCUGGGUCAAAAGAGGAAGAUCAAGGAGUAGACAGGCUACAAAAUGGCAUUGCUCCUGUGGCUGGUCUCCCAGCUGUCAUCGGUCUGGAGCAACAUCUCUAUACUGGGAGUUUUUCUUACAGUGUUUACUUUACUGCUUGACUUCAUGAAACGCAGAAAGACCUGGAGCCGUUACCCGCCAGGCCCGGCCUCGCUGCCGUUCAUCGGGACCAUGUUCUCUGUUGACUUCCACAAGCCCCACCACUCCUUCCGCCAGCUUCAGAAGAAGUUUGGAAACAUCUUCAGUCUCCAGAACUGCUGGAACAACGUGGUAGUUCUGAAUGGGUAUAAAACAGUGAAGGAAGCUCUGGUCCACAAAUCAGAGGACUUUGCUGACCGGCCGCACUUUCCAAUAUAUGAACAUAUGGGCUAUAAAAAGAAUACUGAAGGGGUUGUUGUAGCAAGAUACGGGCACAUCUGGAAGGAGCUAAGGAGAUUCACACUCUCUACGCUGAGGAACUUUGGGAUGGGAAAGAAAUCCCUGGAGGAGCGAGUGAUAGAGGAAGCUGGCUUUCUUUGUGCUGAAAUAAAGUCUGAAGAAGGUAAAUCUUUUGAUAUACAUAUUCUUAUAAAUAAUGCUGUCUGCAAUAUGAUUUGCACCAUUGUCUUUGGAGACCGUUUUGACUACGGUGAUGAGACAUUCAACAAGCUGUCACGGUUAUUUCAAAAUUCCUUUGAUGAAGAAACUGGAUUCCUGCCUCAGUUUCUUAAUGUGGUGCCCAUUUUGUUGCGCAUCCCUGGAGUGCCACAGAAAGCCUUUCGAGCACAAAAGGAGUUAAUGGACUUCAUAGACGUGGUCAUAGAUAAGCAUAUGAAGACAUGGGACCCUGCUUACACCCGAGAUUUCACGGAUGUGUUUUUAAAGGAGAUGGAGAAGGGUAAGGCAGCUGAAGAGAAUGGUUUCCACUAUGGCAACCUUCGUCUGGUGGCUAUAGACUUGUUUACAGCUGGUUCUGAGACCACCUCCACCACUCUUCGGUGGGCAUUGCUUUAUAUGCUUCUCCACCCAGAAAUACAAAGUAAGGUCCAGGAAGAGAUUGAUAAAGUGAUUGGCAGAGAGAGACCCCCCACCAUGAAGGACCAAGCAAGCAUGCCCUACACUAAUGCUGUGAUCCAUGAAGUGCAACGCUGCGGGGAUAUUGUUCCUGUUGGGCUACCUCACAUGACAUACCGGGACACUGAGUUGCAAGGCUUCUUUAUUCCCAAGGGGACGACAAUCAUCACCAACUUGUCUUCCGUGCUGAAGGAUGAGACAGUCUGGGAGAAACCAAACGAGUUUUACCCCGAGCACUUCCUGGAUGCCAAGGGGCAGUUUGUGAAACCAGAGGCCUUCCUGCCCUUCUCAGCAGGUCGCCGUGCCUGUCCGGGAGAACAGCUGGCCAGGAUGGAGCUUUUUCUCUUCUUUACCACUCUCCUGCAGAAAUUCACUUUCGUGCUCCCUGAGGAGCAGCCCAGGCCACGGGAGGAUGCUCACUUUGCACUCACAAACUCUCCACACCCAUACCUGCUGCGAGCUCUCCCAAGAUAAAUGCACACCAUUCUCCUUUCACUCACAGAAAUAUCGAUAAAUACAUUUAAAGAGAAAUCCUAUAUAUAUAUUUUUUUGGUAUUACAUAAAGUCAGCUCUUGGACAGGUUUGGAACUCAGAAAGGGAUGGAGUUAUACUGUUUGAAACUGUAGGGCCACAGAUUUCAGAGUUACCUUUCUUCAAUAUUCCUAACAAAUUGUUUUGCAAAAUGUACAGAUAAGUUGAUGUUUAAAUUAGUGGUAGCUCCCUUACCACAUGUGAAAAGACAACAGCACAAAGGAGCUCCUAAGUAUAACCAACCACCACUACAAAAAAAUAAUCUGAAAUUGAGUGCAUGUGUGCAGAAGUAAUUUUGUGUAGCAGUAAUUUUGGAAGCUAUGAAAGCUAUUGAAUUAUGUGAAUACUUAUUAACAUAAUUAAGAUUUGAACUUCAGCAGGAACAGCACAUUUAUGCUUUUCAUCUACAAAAUAACUUGAAAGAAUAAAAGUGAUGUGAAAUCUUC